GAAACAAAAAUUGGGGCUCAGAUAUUUUUUAUGGAUUUCCUAAAAUGUCUUUGAAUAGCACAUAUUGCGAAUUAAAUGCGUUAUGAAUUUAAAGGACAUCAUUUUAGUUCCUUGUAUUUGACAGUUCUUAAUACAUUUAAAUAAACUUAAUUGAAACUUAAAAUUAUGUCAUAAAUAUUCUCUAGUUGCGUUUUAUGUAAUCCGUGUGUUAAAUUUAUAUUCAGAUCAGUUUUCUCGAUGUCCAUUUUCUUGAUGUCUUUCUUUCAUUUAACCCGGAGCUUCAGGUUAAGGUUACCUGUGUUCCUCCGCUGCCUACCCAACAAUGUGCCCAAUAUCUCCGGCCAAAUCACAUUCCUGAGCCCUCGUCACAAUGGGAGAACUGUUUGAUGGCUAGUCUCUCCCUCUCAGGUAUUCUCCUUAUUUAGAAGCCUAAAGUUACACCGAAUUCCCAAAGCUGUUGUUGCUGACCACUCGCCGUUUGUGAACUUAAAACGAUUCGGAAAACGUAUAAAUUUGCUUUAAUUAUAAUCUAUAAGGUAAAACAUAUUAUGAAAAAUAUACAAUAUUGAAGUUCUCAAAAUUCUCAAAUGCUUAUUUUAAAAUAGUUUUGCGUAAUUACGAAGUAGAAACCCAUUGGUUAUACUUACAAAAUUAAAUGGCAGCAUUGCCGUCAAUAAUAAAAGCACGUUCCGUGUCUUUAAUCAAUUUAUGAUGCAUAAAUAAAAUGAAGUGCUGAUAAAACGGAUAACAGAGGUGACCCGUCAAUAUCCGUUAAACAUGUUUCAUUGCUCUACUGUUUGAAGAUAAAUUUGCCAAAAACAGAACUUUUCCGGCAGAAGGAACUCUGGGGGGGGAGAAGUCCAAAACAAAACAUCGCAUGAUAGUGUUUAAGCACUUCCAUCUGUCCAGCAAAAUUUCAGGCUAAUAGCCUGUGGCGCAUCAGUCCGUUCCCCAAACUCCGGCAACCUGACUCUGUCCUAUUAAAUCUCUCCACUCCUCCAAAAAAAAAGAGAGAAAAAGAUCUCGAACAAACAUAAGUCAACUGAAUAGUGUUGGUGGUGAUGAUGAUGGUGGCGGCGAUGAAGCGCGAGCCCUAAUUAAGGAGAAGAAAGGACCUCAGGCACUCAGUGAUGUGGAAAAAAAGGGCUCAUCAUUGUGGUGUGUGUUUUUUUUUUUAAGGACCGCUCGCUCUGUGAGCAGAUGACUGCCGCUCACCUUGCCACGGGGUCUGCGUGAGAUUGGUUCAUUGUCAAGGAUUUUUUUUACCCAUGAUUCCAUAUGGUAUGGAGUGGGCUACAUGUUGCCCAACAUGCCAGUGCAAAUGUUUUCUCAAUUAGGUGUCUUAUCUCCGGUGAGUGCGCUAGCAUCAGAUGAAGCUUGCUGACAGCGUAAUGGCAGCGAAAACCUCGGAAGGCUCCAUCAAAUGGCAGCUCUGCUACGACAUCUCGGCCAGGACUUGGUGGAUGGAUGAAUUCCAUCCUUUCAUCGAAGCACUGCUGCCCCACGUGAGAGCGUUCUCCUACACCUGGUUCAAUUUGCAGGCCCGCAAGCGAAAGUACUUCAAGAAGCACGAGAAGCGCAUGUCUAAAGAAGAGGAGCGAGCCGUAAAGGACGAGCUGCUCGGCGAGAAGCCGGAGGUCAAGCAAAAGUGGGCAUCGCGGCUACUGGCCAAGCUCCGCAAAGACAUCCGGCCGGAGUUCCGCGAGGAUUUCGUGCUCACCGUCACCGGGAAGAAGCCCCCAUGCUGUGUGCUCGCCAACCCCGACCAGAAGGGCAAAAUGAGGAGAAUUGACUGCCUGCGUCAGGCGGACAAAGUCUGGCGCUUGGACCUGGUCAUGGUGAUUUUAUUCAAAGGUAUUCCGCUUGAAAGUACUGACGGCGAAAGGCUGGUUAAAUCUCCGCAGUGCUCGAACCCGGGGCUGUGCGUACAGCCUCAUCACAUAGGAGUGUCCGUAAAGGAACUCGACCUGUACUUGGCCUACUUCGUGCAUGCAGAAUCAGGGCAGUCUGACAGUCCGAACCAGUCCAGUGAAGGUGACAUCAAGGACCAGCCCGAAAACGGACACCUCGGCUUCCAGGACAGUUUCGUCACAUCAGGCGUCUUCACCGUCUCUGAGCUUGUGCGAGUCUCACAGACCCCUAUCGCGGCAGGAACAGGACCCAACUUCUCGUUGGCGGACUUGGACAGCUCUUCUUACUACAGUAUGAGCCCCGGGGCUAUGAGGCGCCCCCUACCCAGCACUUCUUCUAGCAGUUCUGCAAAGCGUAUCAAAUGCAUGGAGGAUGAGGUGGACAGCCCGGGAGAGGAAUCCUACUACCCAGGUCAGGGACGCUCGCCUGGCAGCGGAAGCCAAGCCAGCAGCUGGCAUGAAGUAGAGCCAGGGAUGCCAUCGCCUACCACAUUAAAGAAGUCAGAGAAGUCUGGUUUCAGCAGCCCCGUGCCUACGCAGACCUCUUCCCCCCGAACGGCAUUCACACACCAUCAUCGACCUGUCAUAACAGGACCCAGAGCGAGUCCUCACGCCACGCCGUCAAGUCUUCAUUUCCCGACGUCGCCGAUCAUCCAGCAGCCCGGCUCGUACUUCUCCCACCACGCCAUCCGCUACCACCCCCAGGAGACGCUCAAGGAGUUUGUCCAACUUGUUUGCCCUGACAGUGGUCAGCAAGCUGGACAGCCCAACGGGAGCAGUCAAGGAAAGGUGCACAACCCGUUCCUGCCCACCCCCAUGCUGCCCCCUCCUCCGCCUCCCCCUAUGGCGCGACCCGUGCCCCUGCCCGUGCAGGACUCCAAACCUCCCUCGACCUCCACCGAAGGAGGGGGCAACUCUCCCACCUCGCCAACCUACUCCACGCCGAGCACGUCUCCCGCUCAGCGCUUUGUCAGCGUGGGACCCAGAGACCCCAGCUUUGUAAAUAUCCCUCAGCAGCCUCAGUGGUACCUGGGCUAAAGACUUUUGACACAGACCGGCCGCUCCAGAGGUCACAUGACCAUCCCCACCGUCUCCCCUCAGUACGACCCGCAAAACCAUGUAUACCAGUCUGAACAGAGAGAAGCCACUUGCUGCCCCAGUACCGGACAGACCCACAGCAUGGCUCCAGCAGAACCCCGCCCAAGCCCUGGAAUCAAGAGGAAUCGAUUCAACUCGCUUACACCCACUUACUAUAUAUCUAUAUAGUCCAUAUGUAUGGUUUAUAUGCCUAUAUUCAUAUAUAGUACCUGACCGGCUCUUCCGAGGGUGGAGCUUGAAAAGAAGAGCUUCGGAAACAUGCACGAUUUUUGUCGUUUCUUUUGUUUGUUUUUUCGUUUUGUUCGGUUCACCCUCACAAAAAGACUGACUCGGAAAACGUAACGCAUCGCAAUCAAAGAGCUUCCCUCAUCUGUGCCUGAGGAUGAAGACCUUCUGUCAUUUUAAAUUCAGUCUACGGCCAAGGGUUCGAGCCCACAACCACCUCCAGGCUGGCAAGCUCUGCCUUUUCCUCGCUUGUGUCUUGACGGAUCUACUUGGUGGACGUUGGCGGUUGGCGGGCGCGGAGGUUUUACCUGGGUCAGAUACCACCAGCUAAAAUCUCUUGACUUGUUUGCGUCUUCUGGCCAGGACCAUUUCCUCCCCUUCCACCACCUCCAUCAUCACCAUCAUCAUGUCAAAUCAAACUUCAAAGGACUCGACACCAGACACCAUUGAACCCCCCCAUCCUCCCAUUCGUUGUGUUUUGCGUCAUGUCGGGGCAGGCAAUGAAGAGCUCAUGAUGUUUGAUCAAUCAGGUCAUUUUACGGGAGAUUUCGUUUGGAAACGUCUCCCCGCUUGUUUUUCGUACAAAACCAUUGCAGUUCUUUCUACGAAACCCCAGCUACAGGUCUGUCGCACGCUGCAGAGAACACAAAGGUUCGAGCGAAGGUUUGAGCUUCCAUAAACUGAUCGAGGUGAACCGUGAAUAUUGAAUUGAGGAAAGUGCAAUUUCGGUGGAGAGAUGUUGGAUUGUUAAAUAUCUUUGUAAGAUAGAUCGUUGAAGCGAUUGUUGAAAAGUAUAUAUAAAUAUAUAUUUUUCUUCCUAGUCCGUUCACACCUCCAGGACUCUAAAAUAUUGGGGUAAAAAAGAAUAAACGUAAAGAGACAAAUAGAACAAAUAGCCUUGUGAGAAAUAAGGGGAGCUGUAAUUGCUUUUUAUGUUGUUGUUUUUUAAUGUGCUUUUGUUUAUCUUGUAAUUUUGUUAGUAUUGUAGCUCAAAUAUCCCUUUAAGACGCCAUUUAAACAAUCAACUUUGUAAGGUUUCUGAGCAUGUUGGUAGUUUGUUUUUAAAACAAUACGUUCAUUAAUUUAUUUUAAUGAAGCACAUAAUCUAGGUGAUAAAAAUAGAUGUUAAAUAAACGUAAAACGGUCAAAGGACGUCAAAUCUUUUCCUAAAUCUGAUGGAGAGCUGUCCCAAAGCGUUCCUCAGACCGAAGCACUUCAGCUUCUUAUUCAUAGUCACAGGUUGUCAAUAAAAGACAUGAUGCUAAACAAAAAGGUGAAAAACAAAACCGCGAACUCAUCCAAACAAAUCUUUUCUUCACUUCCCAGGCAUGCAAUUUAACUAUUUUUGUUGCCGUAUUUUUCGUUUCGUACCAUUUAUUUGCGUUUCGACUGUUUCUUAUACAAAGCAUAUAUAUAUAUACACUUACAGCCGACUCAUCCACCGUCGAUCAAAGCUCAGUACAGAUAAAAAAAUAAAUAAAAUAACCUGCAUGUUCUAGUGUUAGUGACAAAUUUUUACAUAGAUUAUGUAGAGUUAAAGUAGUGUGAAAAAGUAUUGUAAUCCCAACAUCAGGCACUUGCCGAUAAAGUAUUCGUUUGAUCCCUUAAGAAGGGAAUUUUUACUGCUGUUCUCACAAUCAGCCAGCUAAACAUCUCUCUGACUCUUCUCAGCUUGUCGUCAUUUCGUUAUUUCCGUCAGAACAAUCAUUUUCAUAUCUUGAGUGUAUUUCAUUUCCCCUCUUCGAAGUGCACGAAACAAUUGUUCCACAUCAAUGUGCCUUGAGCGAUGGUCUAGUUCAGAGGUGUUGCACAAGCUGCAGUGUGGAGAAUAUUUUCUGAGCCCCCCGUCACCCCACCCUUUAUAGUGAAGUAACUUAAGAAAGGGGGCGUUGUUCUUGAAACGCGAGCGGAGCGAAUUUGACUUAAAUUGUUCACUGAAUCAUUAAAGUAAUGUAAAAACUGCAAUCGUAACUUUUGCUUUUAUAUCGCCAUCAGGUUACUUAACGUACUUUUUUUACAUGUGUUGAAAUCAAACUGACAACAAACUGACGUUUCCUGUGUAAUCAACAACUUAACGAAAGAAAUCAUUAUUAUAAGCUUAUCGUUGUAAAUCGAGAAAAGAUCAAGAGGUUUGAACACUAAUUUUAUUAUGUACUUGCUUAAUAACUUUUUCGUUUUUUUGUCUAUUUUAACUAUAAAAAUGACAGAUUGCAGCUUUAUUUAAAACCACGUAAAAAUGUGAACGAUUCUAGCACAAAUUCGUUCUGCUGCCCGCGACGCCCAUCUAAAUAAACACUAAUUAUAAUAUUCAAUGUAACAUUGUGACAUUUUCUGUCACCGUCAUUAUUGUCAGUCCUCAGUCUAUUUUAACACCUAAUGCUGUACACGACCUUAAAAUGAAUCUUUUUACAUUUCAAUCAGUCGAAAGUCAAUCAUUUCCUGAGUAUUUGUACAGAAUAUGAGUAAUACUGAGAUUUAUGUGUCAACAUUACACUUACAACAUCUAUCCCUACCCCUCUCUCAUCACAUUGUUGAUUUAACACUAGUGUUUUGAUAUUUGUGGAUGUUGCUGCAAUUUCUAUAUGGAGUCUACUACUUUUUCAUUUCCGUCUUCCUGUUUUUCUUUUGUUUUGUUCCCAGUUGAAAAAUGAGGAAAGUUAUUAAUAUGCAAUACUUGCUUGCACUCAUGUAAACAUUCAUUAGUCAUUUCAUUUUCUUUUAAUAAUGACAUACCCACCACAAGAGAACGUGACAUGAAGUCAUCAUCAGCUUCUCUCGGGUUUCUCAUUUCUUUGCGUUUGACACAAGUGACCAUAAAUGUUUGGGAAAACUUUUGGUCUUUUUUGGUCAUAAGCCUUAAAACAAGGAAACACAUUUUUGACAAGAGCGAAAACGUCCAGGACUAAAAUCUGCCCACUUUUUGAUGUACAUUUGGUUCCAUGCUAUAUUCAUUGUUUACCUGUUUUUUUCUAUUGCUCAUAUCAUUUAAGAAAAAUGACAGGAAUGACUUUCCCAGGAAUCUGAUGUGAUGGUUUUGUAGUUACACUUGUGUGGGUUUCGUUUUUUUUUUUCUAGCGUGACAUUUUGUUUUGUUAUUGUUCUUGCCUACCCUUUAGAAAAGAGUUGGGCAUUACUUAAUUGUCUGCACUAAAUAUAAAAUAAUGACAAUUGUGAAAAUUAAAAAAUGAAAGAAAAAUCACACAAAAAAAGCUUCCAGGGCUUAAAAGAGCGAAGGGAAACACAAUUGCACGGAUACUUUUUAUUUGUUGUCACAAAACUUUUGUUUCGAGCAGCUGAGCAUCUAAUCAAUGAAAUUGGCUGUGUGUGUAAGAUAAUGACAAAAUUGCACCAUUUUUCAAGAAAGAAAAAAGAGAAAAAGAAUUUAAAAGCAAUAGUUUGGGCAGUCUGUUUUGCUUUUCGUGUCGUGUGUUAUUUAGUUUUUUUGGUACAAAGUGGAGCUAACGUGGGAGAUGCGAGCAAACGAUUGGAGAAGAGAGUCAGGGUGGCCGCACCUGAGUAUGGGAGAUGUGAUGUUUCUAUAUUGUAUAGUUUUAUUAAUUACACUGAUUUUAAAGCUGCCCUAUUUUAUAAUGCAGGACUUUUGUAACAUUGAUUAAAUGAGGAAAACUAGUGUUGUGAAUUUGCUGAUUGUUUGUAUUAUGGCCACAUAAAUAGAACUGGUUUGUUUGUCCUCUGGGAAACUGGAUUUAAGUUGAAAACUUUCCCGUUUCCUACAUUGUUUUUAUUUUCCUUUUGGCUUUUUUGUAUGUAUUUAAAGACUUCUUUCUUCUUUCGAUGGUUAUAGAAGUAUUCCUACGCUUGAAAAGUGUGGGAUACUGAGGUGAAAAGCCCCAUUGUAAAUGGAUGUUACAAGUAUGCUGUAUGAUGUUUUGAAGGUUCUUUGUUGCAUCAGUGUUGAUGAAGCUAAAUCUAGAUCAUUCUGAGGAUGUUGGUAAGAGAGCGUUUUUAUGCAUUUUAAAAUUUAGUUUUAGGCAGAAGGUAUUGACAUAGACCGCCAAAGGAUGCCCCUAUUAUAAAUGCAUCUAGGCAUCUUUUUGUGUUUACCAUUCCAUGCAGGAAAAUAAACCGCUUGAUAUGCAACAUGAUUCUUUUUCUUUUCAACUUCAUCUUCUCCCACCGUCCACCAACGCAUGAACCACACACAUUUAAAUUACAGGAAAGGUCGGUGACAAUAGAGCAUCAAUGAAGCCAUAACGUCUACAUGUAGAUAUUUAUCAUUCCAUUCACACGUGGUGAAAGAUUCAGUUUUAAUGUCUUGCCCUCGGGUCCAAACUUGCACCAUAACUCACACGGCGAUCAUUUAUAUCGUUUUAAUACUAUACAAACAAGCCGUAUGAUGUCCAGGUAUGAGGUCCACACAUUUAUGUCCUGCAAACUAACAGCAUCCCAGAUGCAUUCAUCAUCAUCACCACCACCACCACAAAUGCUUUUCUAGAAAUGAUCAUCCCAUUUUCUUACCUGGGACAAUCGGCAGUCAACGUCGAAUCAGUUAGACUGUCGUAGCGUUAUCACGUGGUCAGUGUUAAUAAAAAAUAGCCAUCAUUUAUAACAAGCGGUUUAUCAAUUUCUUAUCAUAAUCAAACAAUAUCCUGAAGCUGUAUUUUUAAGGUGUAACUUAACCCGACUCUAUUUCCCUUUACGAAGAAAAGAUGUUAUACAUUUCCACAUUCAACGGUCCUUUUAAUGCUAAUAUUGAAGAUAACCAAAAGAUGGAAAUUUUGAUUAUCAUCAAGUACUGCGUUCCAUUCAUUAAGGUUAACACCCCUAAAAAAUAGUCAUAAUCUGUGAAUUUCUGCUUGUUCUAAAACAGGGUUGAAUAAAGGUCCCGCGUUGCAAACGUGAUGACUUGAGCAUUUUUACGUCCCCAUUUUUGUGGGCAUUGAUAUCGUGUUCAUUUGCUUGAAAAUAAAAAGCAUUUAACGAUCGAAGAAAAGCGGCAGAAUUACGUCUUUUUAUCAGGGUAAUAUUUCAUCAUAAAGUGAGCCGAAACCAAAUAUUAGUCAAUCAAAUACAAGCCCAUGCGUCCCUCUUGAGAACAUGUUUGACUACUUUGUGAACCUGUGUUUCGCUCUAGUUUGCUUGUUCCUCUCUAUAUUCCGGGUAACAGGGUUGACGCAACAACCACAUUAAUAGAGGGAUAGUUUCCCCAAAAAUUUAAAUUCUGUCAUCCUUUACUCACCCGCUUGUUAUUUCAAACCUGUAUGACUGCAGAACACAAAAGAAGGUAGUUUGAAGAACGGUGGUUUUGUGUCUACACAAUAGAAGUCAAUGGGCACCGCCCUUGUUUGGUUACUAACAUUCUUCAAAAUAUCUUCUUUUGUGUUGUGCGGAAGAAAGAAGAUCGUACAUGUUUGAAAUGAUAAGAGGGUGAGUAAAUGAUGACAGAAUUUGUCAUUUUUGCUGAACUAUUUAACACGUUUCUUAGAUUAGAAAGUUAAAAGCGACUAUGAUGGUAUGGUUAGAUGGGUUUUUAGCUUCAAACAACAUGCCGUCAUGAAUAACCCCAGCAUGCAUUGAUUGCGGGCGAGCAACCGCAUUACGAGUCAUGACCAGGUGCUAAGUCACACCGAUAAAGUGAAGCGGAAAUGAAGACCGUUGUGAGUGACCCUGCUUUCUGCUCGCAUAGCAGUCUAAUCUGCAUGAGAACUAUGCACUGACCACACGCUAAUCUAAUCAGAGUUUGGUAUCUACUUCCGACCCGCGCCUUUGCCUUCCUGUUUUUUGAAUACGAAUCGAAGGGAAAAUGAAAACAAACGCAAACCAGCAUUUUAACUGAUAUAUUUAAAAAGAUCAAAUGUAGUGCCUGUGAAAACCUGUAUUAUAUUGCUCUUCUGAAUAUCGAAUACCAGUUAACAGUUUGUAAUCCUUUCGAGUUUUCUCAACACCAGUAGCCUUUGCUGUCUCUCAUAUCCUUCAGAUUAUACCUGUCAAUAAUCACACACUAUAACCUGCAUGCACCUCCAUAAUCACAUAGUAAACUGUUAUGAACAUGACAUGUAAGAUGAUCUGUAAAAACCCAGCUCUGCUUCGACUCGGUCUUCUUUUAUAAAAUCUCGGUUGUACAAGCUCUCGGUUGUUUACGACAGUUACUGUUUACUUUUCUCUACAAUGUUUACUGCUAUACAUUUACAGUAUAACUGCAGUCCAUGCUGGACAAAUCUAACUCAGACUGAUAGCUUAAUGGGAUAGUUCACCUCAAAAUAAAAAUAUUGUCAUUUAUUCACCCUCAAGUUGUUCAAAACCUUUAUCUGACUCUUUCUUGCGUGGAACACAAAAGAAGAUAUUUCGAGAAAUGUCUUGGUGGUUUUGUGUCCAUACAAUGGAAGUCAAAGGGAGCCAAUGUUGUUUGAUUACCAAUGCGCAUCAAAAUAUCUUCUUUUGUGUUCUGCAAAAGAAAGAAAGUCAUAUAGGUUUAAAAUGACAUGAGGGUGAAUAAGUACUGUGUUUUAUACCCCUAACCAAGCUAGUAAAACCAACUUGUCAUAUUCCAAGACUCAACAGACUUAAGUUCAACUUUAGAUUUUCCAGCUGAUGUUUAGGGUACACAUUUUUAAGACCUCAUCCAUUCCCUGCUGUAGCUCUUUAUCACCUCCAACAAUCACAAAGAUCCAUAGCAUUUCCUGAUGGCGUGCAUUCGGUCCAUACGUUCCCACACUCGACAAUCUUUACUGAGUGGACGUGGAGUUAUCUUGCCCUAGUUGCAAUCUGGUCCCAGUUUAACAAACCACGCUUGGUUCUUCUAACCGGUAAAUCUCAACAGAAUAAGACACAACGGUGGUUGCAUUAUAGCUGUAUUCAGCACUAUUGCGGGCAGAGGCCUUCAUUGAGUUGCAUGUAGCUCCCUGGACAAUUCUUCAAACAAGAUGUUUGGCUUGAAGACAACAGAUGGGAGUUUCUCAAGCACUGUCGAGAGUCAGAAUUAACCUCUAAACCUGAGCUGAAUCUGCUUAUCUAAAGCAUCCAUGGCCAUCAAAUGCCACCCCGAUAGGAAGUGUAAGGUCUAUAAUCUUCUUUAACCCAAACCGUGACUGCACAAGGCUGGUUCCUAGCGUAUUUGUUUCCUUUAUAUGCUUAUUAAAUCGACGAAUUCUGAAAUUGUGUACAGAGACAUUUAGAAUGUUUAGUCUGGUUUGGUAUCAUGAGCCAGAACUGUGACCCUGUCAUUAAAUGUAAAAAAAGACAAUCCCGCUAUUACGUGUGAAAGAUUCAGGAAUCGCUGUGAUGUUUCAAGCAACUUUCAACAAGCUCUACCACAAAAUCUUCCAUUACCGUCAUCAUCCUGUAAAUUUCAUACAUCUCCACCCCAAACCGAAGCAUCGCCAUAUAUUGACAUUUUAAAUACAAUCUAAAAAAGAACGAAAAAAACGAAAACCUUGUGCCUCUAAUACAUUUACUGAAGAGAAAAUGAUUAUUUGACACUGUUGGUGUUGAGACCAGCUCCAUGUCUAGCUCGGUGGAGCUGUUGUAUUUAAGCUGUGACUUUUCCUUUCUAUUCUGUUAUAAAUUCUUAAUCACAAAUA